AUGAAGUCCUUCCAAGUCCUCCUCCUCCUCGCCCUCCCCUUCCUAGCCUUCGCCAUCCCGGCCCCAGAAGCAAUCGAGGAAUUCAAAAACGCCCUCGUCGAGCGCCAGAACGGCACCGGCGGCGGCGACACCCUCGGCGGACUCGGCGGCCUCAUCGGCGACCUGAUCAACUCCAUCGGUCCCCUCCUCGACCUCCUUAACCCGCAGACCUUCCAGCAGAUCCAGGUCGUCCUCCGCAACGCUGCCAAGUUGCUCAACGACAACACGACCAGCCAGAUUGUUAGCCUUGUGGGUUCUGCGGCGCGGUUGCUUACGGACGACUUUGUUGAUGCCGUUGGUGGGUUGAUUGAUGCGGUUGCUCCGCUCAUCAACGCUAUUGUCCAGCUCAUCUCUGGCAUCCUCGGCGCCAUCUUCGGCUAA